UAAAAAGGCAGAGGUAGAGAGAUCCCGUGGAGCGGUAAUUCAAAGUUCAAACCUGGCACGAAUGGAAUAUUAUUUAGGUCGCGAGCCCCACACAGCCUCAAGGCCCUCAACGGCUACUUGUGAAAGAGAAUACGCGAAUCCGAUGCUCCUCCGGCGGACCGGAACCGAAGGGAAAGUUCCAACUACGUGUCAAGUUUUCUCGGCCGACGUUGACGCGCGUGCAGCAGUCUUCGGCCCUCGUCCUCAGAUCCGGCGGGUCAUUGUACCUGAUGCCUCCCAGUUUUUGAAUUCCGUUUGGGGCCGCGCCCCUCUUCGUAAAUCCUGAUCCUCCCCGCCCCAGCACCACCCCCGCCUCAUUCCCUUUUCCAAGAUAACGCUAGUCGCUCCUCCGUCCCUCCGUCCCCAUCACCGGCCUGCAUCCGUUCUUCUUCCAGUUGCGAUGGAGAUCCUCAGAACCCUGAAGCCCGCCUCUUCCAGAUCGUUCUCUUCUCUUCUUCCUGCGUCGGCCUCCGCUCGCAAGAUAAAUUCGGCGCCCCGAUCCGAGCAGGAGAACACGCCUCCCGUCCAUCCCAAUGUCCAGAUCGCCUCGCCCUCGCCCUCGCCCUCGCCCUCGCCCUCGCCUUCAAAGAAGAAGGCUACAUCGGCUCUUCCGCCCAGACAGAUACAGGCCACUAGAUCGGACGAGGCGCUUGCUGGGGAUGCGCCCGCCGAUCGUCCCGAUCCUGCUGUUAAGGUUGUCAUGAGAAUAAGGCCGCCAAAUUGUCAGGAGAAAGAAAAUAGUCGAAUUGUGCAGAAGGUUUCCCCUGAUUCCUUAGCAAUUGGUGAUCGUACGUUUACGUUCCACACUGUUCUUGGUCCAGAGUCUACUCAGGAUGAUGUCUUCAAGUUGGUGGGUGAACCUUUGGUGGAGAAUUCUUUGGCUGGUUUUAACACUUCCAUAGUAUCUUAUGGCCAGACCGGGAGUGGGAAAACCUACACUAUGUGGGGUCCUCCUAGUGCCAUGGUUGACAGCCACUCCAUUGAUAGCAACCAGGGUAUUGUGCCUCGUAUCUUCCGGAGGCUAUUUUCUGAGAUUCAACGGAGGCAGGAGAGUUCAGAAGAAAAGCAAAUAAGUUUUCAAUGUCGGUGCUCCUUUCUUGAGAUAUAUAACGAACAGAUCAAUGACCUGAUGGAUCCAACUCAAAGGAAUCUUCAGAUAAGGGAUGAUUCAAGGAUUGGUGUUCAUAUCGAGAAUCUGACUGAUGAGUACGUCACAACAGUGGAGGAUGUUGUUCAGAUUUUACUUAAGGGUCUUUCAAAUAGAAAAGUUGGUGCGACCAGUAUGAACUCCAAAAGCUCACGUUCUCAUGUCAUAUUUACUUGCAUAAUUGAAUCUUGGUGCAAGGGACAGUCGGCAACCUGCUUUACCAGUUCAAAAUCUAGCAGAAUCAGCCUUGUUGAUCUUGCCGGAUCAGAUUGGGAUGAGCUCGAUGGUGCUGGCAAGCAUGGCAUUAAAGAAGCAAGACAUGUUAAGAAGUCACUCGCAAGGCUUGGGAAGCUGGUCAAUAUUCUUGCAGAUGUCACAAGUUCUGGAAAAGAUCACAAAGUCUCAUAUGUGGAGUCCUGUCUGACACAUCUAUUGCAGGAUACACUUGGUGGCAACUCAAAGGUUACAUUUUUGUGUGCCAUUUCUUCAGAUGAUAGAUGCAAGGCAGGCACUUUUAGCACACUGAGAUUUGCUGAACGAGCAAAAUAUAUACAAAACAAGCCAGUCGUCAAUGAAAUAACAGAAGAUGAUGUUAAUGGCUUGAGUGAUCAGAUACGGCAAUUGAAGGAAGAGCUUAUAAGAGCAAAGAUGUAUAAAGGCAUCCCUGCUGGCGCUAAUACCAGUGGCCAUUUUAAAGGGCACAGUGCUCGUGAAAGCUUAAACCUUUUGAGAGUGAGUCUCAACCGCUCAUUGAUUUUACCUCAUAUUGAUAGCAAUUCAGAGGAAGAGAUGGAUAUUGAUGAGGAGGAUGUAAGAGAAUUCUGUGAUCAAAUAAGCAGCCUGCAUUCUACCUCUGAAGAUAACUUGAAGGCUGUUUUGGAGAAACAGGAUGUGAAAUGCAAAGUUUCUUUUACAGAAGAGAGUUCAAGAAUUAACAAGGGCAAGAAAAUAGACUCACAAGUGUGUGCUGCUAGUAAAGAGCUUGCAAUCAAAUCGUCGCAAAAGGAAGAAAGCCUUAAGGAAGAGCAUUGCGAUGUAAUUGAACCUUCACCCUCUAAUAGCAUUGCUCUGUCUAUUGAGAGUCCCUUAGAAGGCCAAGAUAUUUCCAAAGACAUGAAACAUGAUCAAAUCUAUGAUUCCGCAAGGAAAUCUAGCCUUUCAAUCAUACCGUGCCAAAACUUUCCAGUGCUCCAAGAUCCACCUUUGUGCUCUUCUCCAAAGAUUGAUAAUAAAACUAGGAAAAGUAUCAUGUCGUUGGGUCUGUCGGUGGGAGAGGAGAAUGCGUCAGAGUGCCCAAUAUCCAACUUGAAUGUGGAGUCCUCUAGAAUGGGUGAUGUUGUUCGCUCCUCCUUAAAGUCGACCAAGCUUAGCCCCACUGAGUCCUUAGCUGCGAGUCUUCAGCGUGGUUUGCAGAUUAUCGAUUAUCAUCAGCGCAAUUCAGAUACGCAAGAAUCAUUUAUUGGCCUUUCCUUUGAGCACUUGGCCUUAAAUUCUUACCAGUCACUUGAAAAGGUUCACUCUGGCAUGCAAACAUUACCAGAGGAGAAAGCAACAUCUACUUCAUUCCUGUGUUCAUCUUGCAAAAAGGUGAUGGAUGCAAAUGGAUGCAAUCUAAUCAAUGAUGAUUCACAUAUGCAAAUUGUGUUAAGCAGUAAGACAUGUGGUGCUGAUACAUUGCAGAAACCAUUACCUAAGGAUGAUGUUUCCACAUAUGCUUCAAAGAGAGAGAUGGAACUGGAAGUCCUUUGUGCAGAACAGGCAGAUAGAAUUGAGCAUUUGACCACUCUGGUGGAACUAUACAAGGAGAGAGAUGGUCAAAGUUCAAUUACAGGUCAUACUCAGGAUGCUGAACACAUGCAUUCAGUUGACAGUAUCAAGAACAACUCUGGGGUCUCAAAUAUGGAGAAUUCAUUAAAAGAUAAUCAGAAUGAACCAUUUAACAUGAAUGAGAGGGAAGCUCUUCUUAAUGAAGUUCAGAGCCUCAGGAAUCAGCUACUGCCCUAUGCUCGAGGCUCUACACAGGAAGAUUCUCUUCUUGAUCAUAUAAGGAAUGGUGACAUCCAAUCUUCAGACAAGGGAGCGGAAGAUCUUGAGAAGGAAAGACAAAAGUGGACAGAGUCAGAGAGCAGGUGGAUAUCUCUAACUGAAGAGCUGAGACUUGAUCUCGAAUCAAAUCGUAGGCUUGCAGAGAAGAAGGAGAUGGAGCUGAGCCUGGAGAAGAAGUGCACCGCAGAGUUGGAUGACGCUCUGCAGCGAGCCAUCCAUGGGCAUGCUAGGAUUGUAGAACACUACGCAGAACUUCAGGAGAAGUACAAUGACCUUUUUGAGAAGCAUCGCCAGGUCACGGAAGGAAUUGCAGAGGUGAAGAAAGCAGCACUAAAAGCUGGACGGAAGGGCUGUGGCUCGGCUUUUGCUGCAGCUCUUUCUGCAGAGCUUUCUACUCUGAGGAUCGACCGAGAAAAAGAGAGGGCCUAUCUGAAGGAGCAGAACCGGAGGCUUCGAAUUCAGCUGCGUGACACUGCUGAGGCUGUACAGGCUGCUGGUGAACUCCUUGUGCGCUUGAGAGAAGCUGAGGAAGCAAUCUCAAGAGCAGAGGGUAAGCAUGCUGCAGCCCAACAGGAGAUCGAGAAACUGAAGAAGCAAACUGAGAAGAUGAAGAAAAAGCAUGCAAUGGAGAUGGUGACCAUGAAGCAUUAUCUAGCAGAGAGCCGACUUCCAGAAUCUGCACUGGAGCCCUUCUACCGCCAUGAAUCUGAGAUUGAAGAAGAUCAUUCCAGAGCUCCAAUGUGCGAAGAGGAUCAAUCAUGGAGAGCUGCGUUCAGACCUGCCUACAAUGAAGCAUAAAACAUUAGUUGAUGGCGAACCUGAACAAGAAAGUUGUAUUAGCUAGAGUGGGAGAUCAAAUUCAGCCUGUGUCUGGUACUGGUGCAGGGCUAAAUGAUGCCAACUCAAUCUGGUUGUCUGCAAAUCUAGCCUAGUCUCUAAGCUUUCAGAAUCCAUAAUUCAUUGCCGCCAUGAUCUGUCUAAUGAUAUAUGAUGGAUGAUAUAACCAUAUCCGUUAGGAAGAACAAGACAUAUGUUCUUUGUUAUUUGAGGAUUGUGCCUUGGGCUUGUACGUUGUAACAUCAAAGUCUGCUGUUAGUACACAAGCUAAACCCGCCUGAAAUUCCUCAAAAUAUUAUUCUAUAUUUUUUGAUUUAGUGACUUUCUGUUGAAUUAGAGUCUAGCAGUCUACCCACAUUUGAUUUCCACAUUGGCUGCCUUCCCCUGUUUGCUCUCAUUGUUCCAAAUUCUUUAAUGCAUUGUCUUUGAACACAUAAGCUUAAGUCGUAGCAGGAUUUGUAGUGCUGAACGCAGGUGCAAUUACCUAAGAGGAAAGAUAUGCAGUAGCAACUGGUGAGGAUGGCCCCAUGUAGCAUGCAUGGGCUGUCGACCUAAUUGUAUUAAUCCUUUAUAUGAAAAGUUCCAGAAAA